AUGGCUAAGUGGUGUAUGUUUUUGUUGGUUCUUGCUCUUGUUGUUGUAGCUGCAACAAGCGCGAGAGACGUACCAAGUGAUGCUGGUCUCAAGGACCAGAAGAACUUUAUGACAUAUGGUGGUGGUUUUUAUGGAUUAGGAAACAACGGAUUACCUUUUGGUGGAAUUGGAGCUGGUAUAGGUGGUGAUUUAGGUGGUGGCGGUGGACUUGGUGGUGCUGGUGGCUUAGGUGGUUUAGGAGGACUUGGAACUGGUAUUGGGGGUGGUGUUGGAACUGGUGUUGGUGGUGGAAGUGGUGUUCUUCCUUCCCCUUAA